AUGGGAGCAGAGGAGGAAUCGAGCUACAUGCCGGUGCUACCGCUGUUAUCAGUUUCACAUGCGCAAAAGCAGUCGCCGGAAAGAUCAGGGACAUUAAGCCCACCACUUUACGUAUCGGCAGCCUCGGUCCCAUUUACCUGGGAAGAGGAGCCGGGAAAGCCGAAGCCGUGUACUACGCUCGCCACUUUUUCUUCUGCUCCGAAUGAGUCUCCUCGGAAGUGCCUGGAACUUCCUCCUAGGUUGCUGCUAGAUGCCAAGAUUACCAAACUUUCCUCACCCACCACGGUCUUGGAAGGUCCUUACAUAGGCAGGGCUAGGUUUCAGUCUUCUUCUUUCAGAAUGGGAAGCGAGUGUUAUGGAUCGUUUCGAUCUUCUGGAAGUGCUAGUCCUGACAUGGUGCAGCUUGGGACUAUGGUUCUCGGCAAGAGAGGGUACAAAGAGAAAGGGUUCCUUGGUUCUUGGAGGAGAAGAGCCUUGAAGGGUAGACCUAGAAGAGAAGUUACUGGCAAUAGUUGCGUCUUUGCAGCUUCUGGUGAUGGUGGCAGUGAAUGCAGCAGAGACAAAGGAGAAGACAGCAGUGGCACCGACAGUGUUAAGAUCACUGGAAUCACAAGGACUGACAGCUUUCCCAUUCUCUCUCAUUCCAAGUCCCACUUCUGGGAAAGUAUCUACGAAGGCUUAAUGAAAGUGGUUCCAUGGAGUAAGAGGGAAAAGAAGGAUAGGCUGCUAUCUUCCAAUCCUUCCGAGGCAGUGAGUUGACAUCUUGCGGUGAAUGGAAAUGAGUAAUCAAAGCCAAUUACUAUUAUGUUUCUUCUCUAGUUGUGGGGCUGGGGGGUUGUUUUCAGCUAACUUUUUAUUGGAUGCGUCUGCCUAUGGCAGCAAUUAAUGUAUAUGCAUGCCAUCCUUAUCAACCCAAGGCAGUGGGAAGUUGAAAAUUUUGUAACGAUGU